AUGCUGCUCAUGCUCGUGAACGUCGCCACGUCUCCGCUCUACUUACGUGAUGUUGAACGCGUCGACAAGCAGGAUGAUCGUGCUGCUGCACGCCUAUUCUCAGCCGAGGCUCUCGACUGCCUUCUCCUGAACUUCCCAGAGCAUCGCGCUAUGGCCGUCUACUUGUUUGUUCUUGGCGAACUUAUCAAUGCCUGGCAGAACCGCCAUAUCUCGCACGCCAAACGCAUACGCAUGGCUCUACGUGCACGAUAUUUCCUCAUGGUGUGGCACGCGCAUGUCGACGCUCAUCCCGAUCACCGUCAUGACGUUCACUUCAUCUCCCGCGAGUCAUUCGACAUCUGCUUGCGCCUGUGUGACGGCCUCAUCGAGCUUAUCGUGGUGUACCGCGAAUUCUAUCCCGCAUACCCACUACUUCCUUGGCUCCACUCUACCGAAAUGUUGGAGCACUUCUUCGGAGUACUGCGCUCGCUCAAGAAGGACUUCAAUUUCGCCGAUGCGCUAUGGCUCGAGCCCAAGCUUCGUACACUCAUGAUGGGUGCCUUUAAGGAUCUCGCACCCGAAGAGCAGGAAAAUGUGACGGCCGCGGGCUAUUGGACAACAUACCACAUUGCACCCGAUUACAACGGCAAAGUUCUCUGCAAUUUUCCGCCGAACAGCGUGUUUGACUCGCAGAGCCAACGCGCAAUUCGCGACGUCACGAUGCUGUGUGAUGCCAUCGGCAUUGAGGCUUUAGAGAUGCUCGAGGCGUACAAGCCCCCUACAUACGACGACGGCGCUACCACUACGGAUCGGUCACAUGAGCCGCACACCACACUACACAACCUUUUGAACGGCUUUCCCCUCAUUUCCCCGGCGUCAGUCGUGCUGGAGGACGCACAGGACAUGGCGCAGUACGCUUUGGAUGCUCAGAGCACUGAUGCAACCAUGGAGAUUCUUGAUCUCUCGGACUCUGAUCCCAACGAGCUGGCCGAACUACAGACGACCAUCGCGCAAGCUCUACAAGAGCUCGGGCUGUCUGAUACAGCAGUGGGCAGUGCACAACACGUUGUCCACGAUCUUGAAGGCAGUUCCACCGAUUUGAACCGUGAGGCUCUCGUCGCUAUUCGCAAGAGCCACCAGAUGCGAGCGACCUCGCGUGCUGUCUGCCAGCUUAAGGCUUCCGCUGGAUUCACUCUUGCCGAAGUCGUUGAGGGGCAGAAGAGCCGCGCGCGUCGGAAGCCCAAGGAAGGCGAGGCGAGCGGCAACACGCCCAAAGAGUCGUUGCGCAAACAGAUCGUGUGCAAAGCUCGCGCCAAAGGUGUCGCGAUUCAGUCUGGACCUGGUGUGACGUCUGGUACUGGUCGCAUCAUCCGCCAUACUGGUGUCUUCGUCGCUGAGCCAGAUACUUCUGCUCGUGCAAAGCAGAAGCAGAUUACUCAAGGUGUUGCCGCUCAAGAGUUUGUUACUACUCGCACACCUUUUUUUUCGUCGCUACAGGUCCCAGGCUCCGUAAACGUCAUUACCGCCAACAUAUCAGCCGACUGUCCCCUCGUGCCCGGUGAUUGGUUCCUUUUCCUUCGUCCUGGGCGUCAAGACGAGCCGACGCCUAUGCUUCUCGGGCAAGUUAUCACCAUGUAUACGAAUAGUGGCACAAAGGGCGCAACCCACAACUACACGCCACAGAUCUCCAGUGUUGGUGCGCCAUCGUAUGUGGGAGCCCAGGUCUUCACCCCAGCAUACGGCAAUGUAUACCAGUCAAUUGCCUGCCCUACGCUGCAUGCGACUACGUUCAUGCAUGUCCCGCGCACACAUAUCAUGUUAUCCCUCGCGCGCGAUUGCGCCCUCAUCUCAACAAACCCGGUCACGAAAGGGAGUCGCCCCUUGACUCUCUGCUACCUCGGCGAGUGGUCCAACUCGAAGACGUGGUACCUUGUAUCAAAUGCAGAUCUCUACGUAGGUGCAUUGCGCGAGAUGCUUAACCCGAAGAAGAAGGAGGAACCAAAGAAGAAGGGUGCUUCCGCCGCUUAG